UACCUGAGUCUGGGCGUUUCUCUGCAGACUGUUUGUUAGUUAGAGAGCUUAAACACAGCUGUGCAUUCGUGUUUGCGUCGGUUAAAGUUAGAAAGCGACAAGGAAAUGGGAACUCCUCCAAGAGGGGACAAAGUUUAAGCAAAGAAAAAAGAAAAAAGCCUGGUAAAGUUUUAGUUUCGAUAAGUUAGAAGUUGCCCUGCCGGUCGGUCAACAUGGGUUGCUGCAGCAGCUCGGAGGGCAAACGUGACUGGAAACCGCUGGAGGAUCGCAGCUGCACGGACAUACCAUGGCUCAUCAUAUUCUCGCUGUUUUGUAUCGGGAUGGCUUGUAUUUGUGGCUAUCCCAUCGCCACAGGAGCCGCCUCCAGGCUUAUCUCAGGAUAUGACAGUUAUGGAAACACCUGUGGCCAUAAUAACACCAAGAUUGAAGGAGUACCUCACAGUGGCCAGAACAUGAAAGAAAAAAAGUAUGUUUUCUUUCUUGAUCCUUGCAACCUUGACAUAAUUAACAGGAAGAUUAAGUCCAUGGCCCUGUGUGUCUCCAAAUGUCCGUCCACUGAACUGAAGACAUAUGGCGAGUUGAAGCAGUUUGCUCUGAAUAAUGGAUCUAACCUCUGCUCCUAUGAUAUUUAUCCUUCAAGAUACCCAAGCCACCCGGAUAGAUUCACUAAAUGUCCCAAACUCCCUGUUCCACCAAGUAAACCUGUCCCAGUAUUGCACCGCUGCAUUCCCGUGGAUAUCAGCUGCUAUGCUGAAUUCGCACAGGGGUUCAUCACGUUCGUCAGCGACAACACCGUGCUGCGCCGCGUCAUCGCGGGCGUGAUGGCGAGCAAGGAGAUCAUCAUUGGCCUUUGUCUGCUGGCUUUAGCUCUGUCCCUGAUCAUGAUGGUUGUCAUCCGUUACAUCUCCAAAGUGCUGGUGUGGAUUCUAACAGUGCUGGUAAUCAUCGGGUCUAUAGGUGGGACAGCCGUCCUCUGGUGGCUCUAUGUGGACCACAGGAAUGCCCUGAAUAAUAACACUUUAUCAGUAUUUGGGAAAGAAGUGGCCUCGGACAACGUCAAGGCUCUGCUCGUUUGCUCAAUCGGUGCUACAAUUUUCACGGUGAUUCUCCUGAUUGUGAUGUUCUUCAUGAGGAAGCGCGUGUCUCUCACCAUCUCCCUGUUCCACGUGGCUGGUAAAGUGUUCACCCACCUUCCUCUGCUGGCCCUGCAGCCUGUCUGGACCUUCCUCUGCCUCAUACUCUUCUGGGUCUACUGGAUCACUGUGCUUCUCUUCCUCGGGACGUCAGGGACGCCGAUAAAGAACAACGCCACAGAAGUAGUUGAAUAUCACAUGGAGGGACCUCUUCAGUACUUGGUGUGGUAUCACGUUGUGGGUCUCAUCUGGAUCAGCGAGUUCAUUCUCGCCUUCCAGCAGAUGACCAUCGCUGGAGCUGUGGUCACCUACUACUUCACAAAGAAUAAGUCCCAGUUGCCGGUUACACCCAUCCUCUCCUCCAUGGCACGAACCAUCCGCUACCAUCUGGGUACUUUGGCCAAAGGCUCCUUCAUCAUCACGCUUGUUAAGAUCCCUCGUCUCAUCCUCACGUACAUCCACAGCCAGCUCAAAGGAAAGGAAAACGCCUGCGCUCGCUGCAUGCUGAAGGCUUGUGUCUGCUGUCUGUGGUGUCUGGAGAAGUGUCUCGCAUACUUAAAUCAAAAUGCCUACACCGCGACAGCCAUCAACAGCACCAGCUUCUGCACCUCCGCCCGCGACGCUUUCGUCAUCCUGGUGGAGAACGCCCUCCGAGUGGCCGCCAUCAACACCGUGGGCGACUUUGUCCUCUUCUUGGGAAAGGUGCUCAUAGUCUCCUGCACAGCUUUUGCCGGCGUCCUGGCUCUGAACUACCAGAGGGAAUACACCGUGUGGGUCCUGCCUCUCCUCAUCGUCUGUCUGUUUGCCUUCCUGGUGGCUCACUGCUUCCUCUCCGUCUUCGAGAACGUGGUCGACGUUCUCUUCCUCUGCUUCGCCGUGGACACGAAAUAUAACGAUGGCAGCCCCGGGCGCGAGUACUACAUGGACAAGGCCUUGAUGGAAUUUGUUGAGAACAGUAAGAAAAUGGGUUGGCACAAGUCAGGCGAAGGAGAUGGACGGGAGAUGAAGCCCAUGGCACGUGGAGGUACUGUGGCUUAACACAUCGUCAGAAAAACCAGCAAUUAACUCCACAGGGCCAUAAAUAAGAAAAUAGUGCACAUCACACAGAAGCUAGAAAGUUUCAGCUUAAGAUUCACUGAGUUUUUAUAUUUUAAGAAAACAGUCUUGACAUUAAUACGGGUGUAAUAUGGGUUUGUGUUAUUAAGAUUAGUUUGCUAGUUUUUCUUUUUUAUAACUUCUUACUGUAUUUUAAAUAACAUGGUUUCACAUGUUUGUCACGUCACUAGUAUUAGCUACAACUGAAUUUCUAACGAUGUUUUGUCAAAACACUGUUCCGGUUGUUUUAUUACCUUUUCAAAAGUUUUAUACUUAAAUAAAUUAAAACACAGAGUUUCAUUGUCUGAUAUUUUGUUCCACUUUUAUAAAAGCCUGCACACAGAACACAUCAAACAUAAUCACGUCACGUUAAGUAAACGCUGUCCAGGAUUAAAUGCUGCCGACUUGUAGUCAGCAGGGGGCGGCAGAUGAAUCAAAACGUACAAAUAUUCCAUUUAAUGUGAAAUAACUUUAACAGAGAGUGCAAAUUCAGUGUAGAUUGUUUAAUAGAAAAACAAUAAUUCAAUAUUUUUUUCUAGUUUUGGAUAUUCUAUAAGCCCGUGGUGAUAUCACUGUUAAAUCCUUCCUCCUAAAUCUCAGGAUCAACUGACAAAUGACAAAAAAAAGUGACGUGCAGGUAAAAAAGUCAAAAGUUUUUGAGUCAUGUAAACAAAGUGCAAGCAUUUCCAACAUGAAAAAGUCUAAGUGAGAUCCCUAAAUGAGUUCCUGAAGAGAUUUCAGGCGAUUCUAACGAAAUGAAUGAUGUUAUAUUUCAUUAUUUUGAUGUAAAAUAUUCAUCUUAAAGAUUUUUACCUGCUUACUGUCAAUAAACGUAACA